ACCAAACUACCCCUUCAAUAAUUUUCCAUGUGUCAAAUAGGCACGUGUGAAGAUUCGUACUGUUUUUAUACAGUACUUUAACAAUAAUAAUUCAUAAAAAGCACAGCAAAUAGGCCGGCAACAUGUCUCUGUACAACUUUAAAAAGAUCGCGGUAGUACCUACCUCAAAAGACUUUAUCGAUAUAAUCCUGUCAAAAACCCAAAGGAAAACCCCUACAGUAGUCCACAAACAAUACAAGAUCACCAGGAUACGAGCGUUUUAUAUGCGCAAAGUGAAAUUCGCCCAGCAAAGUUUCCACGAUCGACUCACCCAAAUCUUAACUGAAUUUCCCAAACUGGACGAUGUCCAUCCGUUUUAUGCCGAUUUAAUGAACGUUUUAUACGAUAAGGACCAUUAUAAGAUCGCGUUGGGGCAAAUCAAUACUGCCAGACAUCUAAUUGACAAUGUUGCAAAAGAUUAUGUUCGUCUCCUUAAGUUCGGAGACUCUUUGUAUAGGUGUAAACAACUUAAGAGGGCCGCCCUGGGUCGUAUGGCCACCAUAAUGAAAAGGCAAGGGUCUAAUUUAACUUAUUUGGAACAAGUGAGGCAACAUUUAGCUCGGUUGCCUAGUAUUGACCCUUAUACCAGGACUAUUAUCAUUUGCGGUUUUCCCAAUGUAGGAAAAUCCUCUUUCAUAAACAAAAUCACCAGGGCCGACGUUGAGGUGCAACCCUAUGCCUUUACAACGAAAAGCCUCUACGUAGGACACACAGAUUACAAGUAUCUAAGAUGGCAAGUUAUCGAUACUCCCGGUAUAUUAGACCAUUCCCUUGAAGAAAGAAAUGUUAUUGAAAUGCAAGCGGUUACUGCCCUGGCCCACUUGAGGGCCUGUGUGUUGUAUUUUAUGGAUUUAUCGGAGCAAUGCGGUCACACCUUGGACGAACAAGUGAAACUAUUUGAAUCGAUAAAACCACUGUUUGCCAAUAAGCCCUUAAUUGUGGUGGCCAAUAAAAUUGAUAUUGUUAAGUUGGAAGAUUUGGCUCCGGAGAGAAGAGAGGUGCUCAAAGAAAUAGAAAAUGAUCCUGAGUUAUGUAUCAAGGAAAUGUCCACUGUGAAUGAUGAGGGGGUGAUGGACGUUAAAAUGGAGGCCUGCGAGAAGCUGUUGAGCUUCAGAGUGGAUCAGAAGAUGAGAACUAAGAAGGUAGAUGGGGUGUUAAAUAGGUUGCAUGUGGCCAUGCCUAAGCCAAGGGAUAACAAAGAACGCCCCCCCUGUAUUCCGGAAACCAUUUUGGCUAAAAAACAACAAGAGGCCGAAAAGAGAAAAAGGAAACUGGCCAGGGAUCAGGAAAUCGAAGCGGGCGAUGAUUAUGUGGUUGAUUUGGCCAAGGAAUACACUGAUAUACCCGAAGAGGAGAGGCACGAUAUCAUCCCAGAGUUUUGGGAGGGUCAUAAUGUCGCCGAUUACAUCGAUCCGGAGAUAUUUGAGAAAUUGGCCGAGUUGGAGAAGGAGGAGGAAAUAAGGGAGGAGACCGGGAUGUAUGUGGUGCCUAAGAUGGAGCUUGACGAAACUAUGCAAGAAAUUAAGAAGUUGGCCUUGCAGAUUAGACACCAAAAAGCCAUACUAAAAGACGAGGCUCGCAUCAAUAAGCAAAGCAGAAAACCUGUUAUGCCUAGAACGGUCGGUUCAAAGGUUAGAGAUCGUUCGGUUAAUAAACUGAGAAAGAGCAUGGAAAACUUGGGUGUAGACAUGUCGAACAGUAAAGCGGCGAACUUCACUAAGACCAAACAACGAUCCAGAUCAGUUGGUCCGCCUAGUAAAAAAGCGAAAAUGGACGUGGACAACGGCAGACCUUUAAGCAAGUCGAGGGCUUUGGUGAAACCUCCGAGGAACGAGCAAGGAAUUAAGGAUUUGGCCAUGAAGAAAAAACUGGAUAAAAUCGCCCAUAGGGCCAUCGCCAAGAAGGUGGGCAGGAUGGGACUUAAGGGCGAAGCAGACAGAUUUAUCGGAAACAAAAUGCCGAAACACUUGUUCACCGGUAAACGAGGAGUGGGAAAAACCGAUAGGAGAUAAUCUAUUUUUAAAUAUUGUUGUUGCUAUUAUAUGGAUUUAAAGGAAAUAAAAAAUAUAUUAAACGGCAAA